AUGUCGACCUCACACCACAACGUCCAGGUCCGAAACGAAGGAGCCAACACCAUCGUCAACAAGCAAGCUCCAAAUGUCUCCUACUUCACGCCACUCCAAGAUCCACCGGCAGGAACUGCCCUCCUUGCCGAUGGACAGAAGCCAGAGGAUAUUCCAAAGCUGUUCCGCCCGCUGCAGUUGCGAGGCCUUACACUCCAGAAUCGCACCAUGUUGAGCCCACUCUGCCAGUACAGCGCGGAAGAUGGGCACUUCACUAGGUGGCAUGUUACUCAUCUCGGUGGCAUCAUCCAGCGCGGUCCGGGCAUUACUUGCGUCGAAGCCACUGCUGUGACACCACAAGGUCGGAUUACCCCUGAAGACAACGGACUAUGGAAGGAUAGCCAAAUCGCAGGCUUGAAGGAGGUCGUCGAUUUCGCUCACUCGCAAAACCAAAAGAUCAUGAUUCAGCUAGCUCAUGCCGGCCGCAAAGCAUCGACAGUAGCUCCCUGGCUCAGCUCCGGGACUGUUGCUGGACCCGAGCUCAAUGGCUGGCCCGACGAUACCCACGCACCAAGUGCCAUUGCCUGGAACGACCACCACACCCAGCCAAAGGAGAUGUCACUCAAAGAUAUCGAGGACUUCAAGGUCGCUUAUGCCGCUGCCGUUAAGCGAGCUGUGCAGGCCGGGUUCGACGCAGUCGAGAUUCACAACGCACACGGCUACCUCCUGCACUCAUUCUUGAGCCCCGUGAGUAACCAGAGGAAGGACAAGUAUGGUGGCAGUUGGGAGAACCGCGUCCGCCUCACCCUCGAAGUGGUCGAGCUCGUUCGUGCUAUUAUCCCCGAUAAGAUGCCGCUCUUCCUACGGAUUAGCGCCACUGACUGGCUCGAGGAGAACAAGGACAUCAAGGAGUCAUGGACUGGAGAUGACACUGUGAAGCUCGCACCACUACUUGCCGAGCGUGGCGUCGACCUACUCGAUGUGUCGACCGGAGGAAACCAUCCCGCUCAGCACCCUCACGUAAAGCCAGCAUAUCAAGCACCGUUCGCCAUCAAGGUCAAAGAGGCAAUCAAGGGUACGAAGAUGGCGGUCGGCUCGGUUGGCUCGAUCGACAAUGCAAAGUUGGCGAACGAUCUGCUUGAGAAGGACAAUUUGGAUCUCAUCACCAUCGGCCGUGGCUUCCAAAAGAACCCGGGCCUUGUCUUCGCAUGGGCAGACGAGCUCGGUGUUAACGUCAACAUGCCAAACCAGAUUCGAUGGGGCUUUGGUGGUCGAGGCAAGAAGUCAGGCAAGCCGGUUACUGAGAUUCCGGAACUCAUUGGCAGACUUUGA